AGUUUCUUCCUGCCUGCAGCCUCAUAUUGAGUCUGCUUGUGGGGCACCGCUCCGCAGUCACACUGUUUACACUCAAUAGCUAUCGGUCUGUCUGUAAUGGCUGGAAUUCCGGCCCAGGAGGUGAGAACAUGGAAUGGAUUAUUCAAAUAUUUAAUUAUGGUUUAGCAGUUAAACUCAAUAGAGUACUUGAUGACACUUGCUAGUAUUAUUCACUCUGAUACUCUGAAGACCUUUACUCCUGGACAAACAGUUGAUUUGGAGUGUAUCAUCACCGAGGAACUGAACUACUACCACUGGUUCAAGUUGACCCCUGGACAAGCUCCUGUGUGCAUGGUGUCUUUUUACGUCAACUCUGUGGAGCCUACACUCCUGGGGGAGUUCAAUAACAAGUCCAGGUACACGUUCAGGAAGAUAGGAAGCAGGCUUACUAUGGCCAUCUCUAAUGCUGGGAUGUCUGAUGUAGGAACGUAUUACUGUGCUGUUCGAAAUUAUGAUGAAAUCACCUUCGGCAGUGGAGUAUAUCUGAUGCAUGAGGUUUCCAACAGCAGGUCAGUUGUCCAGCAGCCAGUGUCUGAAUCAGUCCAGCCAGGAGACUCUGUUACUCUGAAUUGCACAAUACCCACUGAGACCUGUUCUGGAGAACACAGUGUCUAUUGGUUCAGACAUGGCUCAGGAGAAUCCCAUCCAGGAAUUCUUUACACCCAUGGAGGCAGAAGUGAUCAGUGUGAGAAGAGCCCUGAGGCUGGGUCUCCUACACAGAGCUGUGUCUACAACCUCCCCAAGAGGAACCUCAGCCUCUCUGAUGCUGGAACUUACUACUGUGCUGUGGCCUCAUGUGGAGAGAUUCUGUUUGGAAAUGGGACCAUGCUGGAUGUUAAAUUAGUUGAUGAAGACCAGAUGAGAAUCCUGGUCCUUCUCUCCAUCAUAAGAACCGGAGUUCUACUGUGCUGCCUGAUCAUCUUUGUCACUCUUUAUUUCAAGAAGAAAUAGUUCAGAUUUGUGAAUGUAUUUGGUUUUACGAUGUGUAUGCCGUAUGAUGUUAGAUAUAUGGUUAGAAUGGUCAAAGGGCUUUACUAAAGUUAAAUGCAUACUUUCUUUUAAAAACAUGUUAGAAACUGAUGAAAUGUUUCCUCUUUUCAGUAGUUCUCUCCUACUUUUGAUUGUUAGAGAGCAUUCCAAUGGAUUAGCGUGUAUCCUAAGCAUAGCAAAAGUAUUUUAGUCUUGUAGGUAGAAAAGACUUAGCUGCCAUCUAAAAACUCCAUCUGAGGAGACAGCAGAGGGCCAGAACAGCAAUAAUUUAACUGAUCCUACACACAGUGAAGGAUCUAAGAUGAUGCAAUCCACUGAGGACUUGAUGUCCAAAAUGUUUCAAGGCGAUUACUGAUGGAUGUUUCUUUUAAUGUUAAGUUUCUCAGGGAUUGUAAGAAGGAUGUCAUUAUGUUUAUAAUAUUGGAUUUUGCACACAUAUUUUAUCAUCAGAGUUUUUAAAAGCAUACAUUACACCUUUAUAUGUGCUAAAGUAUCAUUCUUAGCAACAUUGAUGACAAGUUGAUGAAAAUAAAAAUAAAAGUUCAAUUACAUGUGACGUUCUGAUUUUGACCUCCAGCACACAAGUCAAAAGUUGAAGAAACAGUGUGGUUUUAACUCAGCGAGGGUCAUGGCAAGAGAACCGCAUCUUCAACAGGAAGGAAACAAACAAAGUACUGUUCUCAGCUGAAAAAGAUUCUUAGUUAAGAAUCACCAGCCUUCAGCCAUUUACCCACCCACAAUCAUAACCAAUUGUUUCCAAUGUUUAGGACCAAUAAAUCAAUUACAUUUUUAACAAAUCUACCAAUGGUUG